GCCGAGUGACGAAGAGGAUGUUUUGCUAAGUGUUAGCCGCAACAGGCUAACUUUGUCUCACAGUUGGUUUGUAGUUGCGAGGUAUUUGAAGUUGCUGGGCGCAUCUCGUCUCGGAGCACCGCAGGUAAAUGUGAGUUUUAAACGCACUGGGACAAACGGAGACAUGAACGGGAGCACGAAUCCGCUGCUGGACAAAGAGGAGCAUGUUUUGAAGCUCGGAGAAAGCUUUGAGAAGAGGCCAAAAUCUUCCUUUCACACCAUCAGAUAUGACUUCAAACCAGCAUCGAUCGACACGAGCUGUGAGGGAGAGCUACAGGUUGGGAAAGGAGAUGAAGUUACCAUAACGUUACCUCACAUUCCGGGCUCUACGCCUCCCAUGACGGUAUUCAAAGGAAAUAAACGACCGUACCAGAAGGACUGUGUGCUCAUCAUUAACCAUGACACCGGGGAAUUCGUACUGGAGAAGCUGAGCAGCAGCAUCCAGGUCAAGAAAACCAGGGCAGAGGGCAGUAGUAAGAUCCAGGCCCGAAUCGAACAGCAGUCGGUCCGGUCCAGCCAGCCCAGCUCUCAGUUCCGGGCCCCCACCAAGCCCGGGGCCGGGGUCAAGACUUCCCCCUCCCCUUCCAAGGAUAACCCCUCCCCAGAGCCCCAGCUCGACGACAUCAAAAGAGAGCUGCGAGCAGAGGUGGAGGUGAUAGAACAGAUGAGCAGCAGUGGCAGCAGCAGCUCCUCUGACUCAGCGAGUGCUUCAGGAAGUGGAGACGACAGCAGCAGCAGCGACGGCGAGCACGACGCCCCACGGCCACUCAGUCAGACCUCCCCCAACCGCCACCCUAUGGCCAACGGAGGAGCCGACAGGCAGCAGGGCAACAACCAGCUCAUGAACACCCUCAGAAAUGACCUUCAGCUCAGCGAAUCAGGCAGCGACAGCGAUGACGACUGAACUGUCUGGUGGUCAGUCUCUCUCUCUCUCUCUCUCUCUCUCUCUCUCUCUGUCCACACUCCUCCUCCUCCUCCUCCUCCUCCUCCUCCCCCUCCUGCUCCUCCUUCUUUCUGCCUGGUUCACUUGUUCCUUUGCUGUGGUAGCUGACCCCAGCUGUAUAUCUUGGCUUGACUGUAUUUUUUUAUUUUAUUUUAGUAUAUCCUUGAAGCUGGCCAGCCUGGAACUUUGAGAGUGUAUUUUUAUUAGAUGUAUAUUUUGUUUUGUAUAGCAGACUUUAGAAAAAGAAACUUUUACUUGAGAGGUUUGAAAGAUUAAUUAUUAGAGUGCACAUACAUAUUUUCUGUACUUAGAGCAGCUAGUUUUAUCAACUCGUAUCAUCUGUUUUUGUUAGGUUUUGUUUUCAUGUUAUGACAAGGAAGAGAUUAUCUAGAAAUAUCAGCACGUCGUUUAUCAGAGAGGAUUGUGGGAAAGAGGAUUGUUCUGUAUUUAUCAGUUUGCUAAGAAAACAAAAAUUGCAUAAUUGCACAGACACUCUGUGCAACCUGCAAGUUUCAUCCAUUUUAUCAUCUGCUGACAGUAAGCGUUGAGAUCAGUGUUUCUUUGUUUUAGUUUUAAAACAUUUGCAGGUCAUUGUAGAAAUGAAUCUCGAAAAAGGUUGUGACUAAGAUCAGCCUAAUGUCAGAUGACCCUCAUUAAUGGAUAAGGCUGCUGGUUUAUGUGUGUGGUCGUGAUGAAAGGACAUAAACGGUCUAACAUUAAUGACACACAGGAAUAAGAGAAAUCAGUUUUAGAUACAAACAACGGUUUUUAGGAUCAGAUCAUGUUGGUUUUGGUCUUUUAUGAGAUUUGUUGAGAGUAAGAACAGUAGAAACUUUUGUUUUUUAAACAGUUACAGAGGAUUUUAUCCAAAUUAGCUGUCAGGUUGCUGUUUGGAAGUUCAGAUUUCAUUUUCAGGUUUUUACAGUGUGAGUUAUGAGUUCAGUCAUUUAGCGACAACCUUAUAGAAAAUUUGAAGUUUCUGAUAUUUAGGGCCAUGCAAUACCAUACCUACCACUCGGGAGUUGAGAUGUAGAUGUUUAAAGCUGCUGUCAGUGGUCGUUUUUACCACCAGGGGGCAGACUACUAACAAACGGCCGAAUUUAAGUCCAGUAUUCACUGAGCUGAGAAAAACAUCUGACCAUCAAUCCAGCUGACUUGCAGUAUAACCACUAACAGUAUCAUAGCAAUGCCUGAUGAUAUUAAAUCAAUCACAGCCAUUUAUCAGUUAAAGCUAAUCAGAUAGGUAAUCAAGGUUAACAACCUUUAUGACAUUUGAAUCCUGAAAAUAUAGAGGAUUUAAUUAAACAGAAAAGGGAAAACAAAUUUCUCCCAAAGAAAUCUUUAUUUUCCUGUCAUUUUUCUAAAAUUACGACCUUUCAUUUAAUUUUUUUUUCCAUUUAAUACGUACACCAUGGUACCAUUCCAUGCCUUACAGCGUUUCAGUGGGGAAAUGAAGGUGAAUGUGUCAUUUUCUGAAAAUGCCAAAGAGCUGAGCUGACCCUCGCCACGUGCAGAGAGCGGGAACGUUAGCGGUGUAACCAGCGUCACGUCUCUGUGUGACUGUAUUCGUUUAACUUUUAUCUGAGACUGUGUUGUGCUUAUGACCAGUGAAGUCGCUUAUUGUUUAUCUGCUGGAGCCACUGGUGUUAAUGAAUAUCAUUUAGUUUUGGUCACAGUCAAAAACACAGCUGAAGAGUUUCAUUACAAAAUACUAAAAAGACUUAAUGUCAGUUCAGCCAUGUAAGUUCUGUAAUGGAGUGUUUGUGUUUUCCAUCCUGACCAUUGUUAAACUGGAUUAAACACAGAAUCAUGAUCCUUUUCACAAAAUAGUUCAAAUUUAGAGAAUCUUAUCCUCUACAUUUGAAAAUAUUAAGCUUCAAAUAAUAUUUUAAAUUACAAUAUUAAAAUAUUACCAUGAUUUAACGGUAGUUUGAAAUGAAACUCUUCAGUUACCUUGAUGAGCCUGCAUGUUCGAACAGACAUGGUCAGUUUGCUAAAAUUAUCUGUCGCACACAGGACGUAACUGGUGUCGUUGGUGUUUUAUAUCAUAGCUGUGUUUGUCUAACGCGUCUUCAGAUGAGGUUCAACUUUGGUUCAUUAAUGCAAAGAACAGAACAAAGAUGAUUGUAAGUUAUAAGAUGCCUGAAAACAGUCACUGACAAACGGCACAGUACUAAAAACCCUAACAGUUGUAAGUCAAAUAUCCUGCUUCUCAAAGUAUUUCUUUUUUUAUGUGAGAAAUUAGAUGUUGGUGAUUAGUUUCUCAGUCCACCAGCACCUGAAUUGUUGGUGGACACAAACUUUCCACUCUGGAUGUCCUCCUGAAGACGCCUCAGACACACUUCUGUCUAAUGGACUCUGUUGUAUUUGGUGCUUUAGUUCUCAUGUUUAUCUUUCAGUGAUACGUUUAUGUGAAAUAUGUUUGUAUAAAAUUUGAAGUGUAUUAAAAGUGUGCAAAUGUCUUUA